AGCGCAGCGGUGAUUUUGCAGCAAAAUACGGCUCCUCGAUUUCGUGGGGAAACAGCUGUGGUAAUGGCAACCCCCCCCCGCGUGCCAUAUUGGAGGUGGCCGAGACAGCGGCAUGCCCCAGAAUGCAGUCCAAGCUCCAGAACUGCCAUGUCUGAACCGGGACCUCCCACAGAGACGGAGUAUGCUUUGCGGCGCCGCUUGCCACGGCGCCUCCCACGCCGCCGCAGUGACAUUUACGUCAACAUGAAGACGGAUUUUAAGGCUCAGCUGAGCCGUUGCCAGAAGCUGUUGGCCCCUGGAAGCGGCUGCCCUGAGAUCUGCAUCCACGGUUUGGGUUUAGCCAUCAACCGCGCCAUCAACAUUGCGCUGCAGCUAGAAGCCACCAGCAGCGGCUCACUGUGCUUGGCCGCAAACACGUCUACUGUGGAGCUUGCUGAUGUUACCGAGCCAGAGGGGGACAGUGACGAGCCGCUGGCCAGGACCAGGAACAACUCUGCGAUCCACAUUCGGGUCUCCCGUGUCGUUCCAGAGUAACCACCUUUCUGGAUUGCCCUGAUGAAUCUACAUCUUGGUGUCCCGUAGUAACAAGGGGUACCUUGCCUAUCCCGAAACAAUUAGCAUCAUUUGAAUCUGGAGGUUCUGCAUUGUAUAGGAGUAACUGGGCAGUGAGGGGGGGGUCUUGCUUUUCAAAACUGAUUGCACCUUUUCUGGCUGGACUUGGGCUGGGCAUCAGAUUUGCCAGUGACAACGAACCUUGCAACUCUCCAUCCUGUGUGGCAGAAUAUCACCACUUGCAUACCAGCAGCAGGGCACGUCACUCCUGAGACUAAAUUUUAGGCUUGUUCCCGUUUCUGGAUAAACUGGGACACCUUCCCUCCUUGCUGGCCUUGGCUGAGGCUGGGUGGACAUCUCUCUCUGGGAACUGGAGCCAGGAACCCAGAGAGGCGGCCCUGUCUUGCACCCUGAAGUGGGACCCAGGGCUGGAUGCAGCUGGUUUCCCUAGCCUGAAAACAAACUUGCUACCUUAGUAGGGGUUUGCAUCUCAGUAGGACUUCUUUGGGAGGAAGGACAGGGUAUAAAUGCAAGAAAUAAUAAUCUUCACUUGUUCUGAAGGAGGGUGUAGGGAGAUCUGAUUCUUCCCACUGAAUUUCUUAAUGCUGUGACGUCUAGCGGUGUUGCUACCGAGCAACCCCGGGGUGUGUAUGUAUUGUGGCAUUUGGAACUGUGACUUUUGUGUGGAUCUAGGAAAUAAACCAUUUUAUUAGGA